AUGAAAACCCACCUGCACACCCACACAGGCAAGAAACCAUUUCAAUGCCAUUUAUGCCCUCAAAGCUUCUCCUAUAAGUACAGCUUGAAAAACCACUUGCGCACACACACUGGUGAGAAGCCAUUUCAGUGCCCUUCAUGCCCUCGGAGCUUCUCUCAAAGGAGCGCAGUGAAAAGCCACAUACGCACCCACACAGGUGAGCAGCUAUUUCAGUGCCCUUCAUGCCCUCAAAGGUUCUCAUAUAAGUCCAGCAUGAAAACCCACCUGCACACCCACACAGGCAAGAAACCAUUUCAAUGCCAUUUAUGCCCUCAAAGCUUCUCCUAUAAGUGCAGCUUGAAAAACCACUUGCGCAGACACACUGGUGAGAAGCCAUUUCAGUGCCCUUCAUGCCCUCAGAGCUUCUAUCAAAGGAGCGCAGUGAAAAGCCACAUACGCACCCACACUGGUGAGCAGGCAUUUCAGUGCACUUCAUGCCCUCGGAGCUUCUCACAAAAGUCCAACCUGAAAGUCCACCUGCGCACGCACACAGGCGAGAAGCCAUUUCAGUGCCAUUCAUGCCUUCACAGCUUCUCGCGAAAGACCGACGUGAAAAGCCACAUGCGCACCCACACAGGCGAGAAGCCAUUUCAAUGCCCUUCAUGCCCUCGGAGCUUCUCACAAAAGUCCAACCUGAAAGUCCACCUGCGCACGCACACAGGCGAGAAGCCAUUUCAGUGCCCUUCAUGCCUUCACAGCUUCUCGCGAAAGACCGAAGUGAAAAGCCACAUGCGCACCCACACAGGUGAGAAGCCAUUUGCCAAGUGCAAGAAGCCAAGUGCAAGUAAAUCACCCACAGUGUGA